UGGCGUCUCUUGGCGUGGAACUUCUCGCAGCUCGUGCUUGAUUCUGAACGGAACGCUUUUGAUUCGGUUUACGGAAGUCGCUCAUCAUUAGUUACUGCACCGGAUUAGAGUCGCUUUCGCUGCUCGCUGUCAGACAGCAGAAUGCGGUUGACAUGUCGGCUGCUGUUCGCUGGCUGUAUGUUGUGGAGUUUGUCGGUCACGGCGGCGAUAGAGCCGAUCAGCACCAGCAUCGCGGUCGGGAUGGCCGCGGCGCUCACCGGGUUCCUGGCCCGUUAUCAGAACGUGCUCUAUUACUUCCAGGAGUGCUGCAGACCCGAGUGGAUCUCAUACAACAAAACAGGACUGAAUAAUGACCUCAGGACGAAGCUGUACGGGCAGCAUGUCGCGGCUCAGGUCAUCCUGAAAGCCGUCACAGGCUUCAUGAACAACGAAAACCCAAAGAAACCGCUGGUUCUGUCCCUCCACGGCUGGACCGGGACCGGGAAGAACUUUGUGAGCCAGAUUAUAGCGGAAAAUAUUUACCAGAAAGGGAUGAUGAGCAACUUUGUUCAUCUGUUUACAGCGACAGCACACUUUCCUCACGAGGCUCACAUUAACAAGUACAAGACCCAAUUACAGGAGUGGAUACGAGGGAAUGUUUCUAUCUGUCCACGUUCGAUGUUCAUCUUUGAUGAAAUGGAUAAAAUGCAUCCCGGGCUGAUCGACAGUAUUAAACCUUACCUGGACUUCUACGACAACCUGAACGGAGUGUCGUACAGAAAGGCCAUCUUCAUCUUCCUCAGCAACUCUGGAGGUGAGAAGAUCGUUGAGGUGGCUCUGAAUUUCUGGAGGGAUGGUAGAGAACGAAAGGAGAUCCAGCUGAAGGAUCUCGAGACAGCACUGUCACUGUCCGUCUUCAACAACAAAAACAGUGGUUUCUGGCACACUAGCUUAAUCGAUAUGAACCUGGUGGAUUUCUUCGUGCCAUUUCUUCCUCUGGAGUACAAGCACGUCAUUCAGUGCGGUUUGGCUGAGAUGGUCUCCAAGGGUCGCGCCCCAGAUAAAGAAGUGGUUGAAGCCAUGGCCCGCGACCUGAACUACUUCCCUAAAGAGGAGCGUGUCUUCUCCAUGCAGGGCUGCAAGGUCAUUCCCGCCAGACUGGACUUCUAUGUUUGAUCGAGAGGGGAAAAAAACAAAGACUCAAAGACAGCAAACUGGUUAUCUUCUGUGUGCUUUUUUUCCACAUAGCUUCUUCUGCAAUAGAAGGAAUUGCUCCUCAGACUGAAUUAUACGAAGUCACGCUCUCUAAAGACUAUAAAGCAGGGGAUGUUUUUACUAAAUCACAGGUGUUUUAUACAAUAAUGGAGACUGUUUUAUUCAUGUCGGCUCGGCUGCUGAAGUCCUUGCUCUCAAGGGUGUUUCUGUUCAAGAUGAUGAAGUUUCAGAGGAAGCUUUUUAAUUAAAUGACUUUGCACAUUGUGGAGCUCGUAAAAACACUGGCUGUCAGCGAUUUUAUAAUGAUCUGUAUUAAUUAUGAUGGGGAAAAAGUUAAUUAGCCUUUAUCUUGAAAUAUCCCAGAUACAUUCAUUUCUGCCUUUUUUUUUUUUCCAAGUUGAGGAUGAAGAUCCGGAAGAUGACUUGAAACCUAAAGAUAAUUUCUGUUUCCAAUUUGUCAGGAUUCAUAUUCGUGUCGUCGAUAUGUGCCACUGAUUCUGAUUGAAGGUUUUGUUGAGUAAAUCAAAGUGCCUGUUUAUCUUAAUAGAAAAAAACUUGAUUUAAACAAUUUCAUAUUUGAGACAUUCAUGAAACUUUUAUUUUUCAGUUGCACCAAGAUAAAAUGGCAAAAUACUGGAUCUGCGUAUUGAUUUUGAUAAAGCUGUAUGAUGUAAACAGACUCGCUCUUAAGAAUUCUAUUCAUGUUCACAUUGACAUGUUAAUUUCUAUAUCUUUUUCAUUGAGUUUCCCAGUGGUCCAUGAUUCACUGGAUCAGGAGUUUUAAAAUUAGACAUUGCUGAGACAGAUGUCUGUCAGAUACCAAUCCUAGAAAUGAACAGAAUAUAAAAAUGUCUUUACGACUUCAGAUGUCUAGAAAUCACCAUUUUUUAAUUCCCUGAUAUUUGCAGAUUUACCAAAAACAAUGUGCACACGAAUGUGCCUAAUUAAUUGAACCAUGCCCAAUUUGAUCAUUUUCACAAUGUGUAAUUACAAAAAUCAUAAUUUGCUAGAUUUGUACUUUCCAUUUAGUGCCAUAUUUAUCACAUGCCGAAUAGUAAACAAUGUAACAGACAUUUGAUGCCUAUUUUAAAUCUCACUUAAAAUAAUGACUCUGUAAAUGAUGACUUUUUAUGGCAUCUGAAUUAUCUAAAUGAUAGGUGCGAAGUGUUCCAGGACACUGUGUAAAUACAGUGAUAUUGCUGUGACGCCAUCACAGUACAGCAGUAUUGCAGCUGCUCUACUAAAACAGAACCAUUCAUGAAAAAUAAUAAACCCAAGAGAAACAGUGUAACAUUUUAUUUGAAAAUAAACAGCACUUCUGAUUUCUGAUCCACAUGUUCUUGUGAGCUUUGGGUCCAGAUGUGUAGACAAAACUCCAUCAACUGUCUUUAAAUCAUCUUUUUUCACGGUGUUUCCGAUGACAACA